AACACUUCUGCCGCCGCCGCCGCUGCUCGGUCACCCCGCUACAAGUCCUGCGAGCCCCCGGUCAAGUCCUGCGAGCCCCCGGUCCCUCGCACCCCGACAUGGACGCCCUCAGGUCGGCGGGGAGAGCCAUCAUCCGCAGCCCCAGCCUGGCCAAACAGUCGUGGAGCUCCGGCAGACACACAAAGCUUCCAGAGAACUGGACAGACACACGGGAGACCAUCUUAGAGGGCAUGACCUUUAACCUUCGUCACCUUGGCAUGACGCUGGUGGACCAGCCUAAGGGAGAGGACCUUUCAGCCGCUGCUGUGAAGAGGAUUGUUGCCACGGCUAAAGCCAGUGGGAAGAAGUCCGAGAAGGUUGCUCUCAAGGUUUCCCCUCAGGGAAUAGUGCUGCACGACAGCCUGACCAAUAAAAUCCUGGAAAACGUCUCCAUUUACAGAAUAUCCUACUGCACAGUGGACAAGCUGCACGACAAAGUGUUUGCUUACAUCGCUCAGAGCCCCCUCAACGGGACCCUGGAGUGCCACGCCUACCUCUGCUCCAAGAGGAAAGUGGCUCAGGCUGUGGCUCUGACUGUGGCCCAGGCCUUCACAGUAGCUUUUGAACUCUGGCAAGUGGCAAAAGAAGAGAAAGGAAAAAGAGGGACGUCUGGUUCGGCUGGGGAAACCAGCAGCAGCUCUCAUUCCGAGAGAUCUAACAGCCUGGGGAGUCUGAAGGGGACAGAUGUUGCCACAGACAACCUAUUGAACAUCGAGGACAGUGUGAAUGUUGUGGUUGAGACCAAUGGGAAUAUGGAAGAGGAUCAGUUGGACAAUCACAGGCCCCUGGAGACCAAUAACAACCCUGCCCGGGGAAAAGAGGAUGGAUUGGAUGAAGCCUUCUCCAGACUGGCAGUGUCACGUACUAACCCCCAGGUCCUGGACAUUGGGGUGACGCCACACAACUGGCUCACAGAACCCGACUGGGACAACACCAAUGGAAACACUCCACGCGGUUUCAGCCCAUUCGGGGACGAUACCUUAGGCUUCUGACCACCACAAACACAGCUGAGGGAGACGACGACUGAGGAGGUGUUGGGGGGGGGGCGUCUUUAUGGCUUUCAAUUAAUUAACCAGGCAUCAGUGUCCCUGCGUAUGGAAGAUGUGGAUCCAGUAAAUCCAUAAGGGAAUAAGUGUAGAACUGUGGGAUUACAUUUGGCCACUUCACCUUUUUGUUGCCUCCUUUCACGUGGACGAUUCUUCACUUGUUUUUGCUGCCCCCUGCUGACCAAAGCAAUAAUCUCUUCUUUCAGAGUCACUCUCCUGUCACCACACUGCAAACAUUCCUCUCAAACGUCAUCUUAUGUCAGCAUCUGUCCUUUUUGUUUACCUAACAAUUGUCUGUAGAUUUGGCAUCAUAAUAAGUGUUUUGUACAUGUGAUUAGUUAUAAUUUAUAGUUUUAUAAUUAUUUUUGUAUAUACAUAAAUAUAUGGAUGAAGACAAGAGAAUGAUUUAAUUGAGACUGAUGUACAGACUAUCAACAGGCCUUAAUAACAGCAGGACAAUCAGCUAUGCUACAUCUUUCAGUUGUGUAUGUACAGUAUCAGUGGAUUUAUCUUUCCACCGCAUCGGUCGUAUCCUAAAGAUUGUUAUAUUUCUAUAAUCUGAAAAUCACUCAAGUUGUUCAUAUGAAAUCAACCAGUGGCUCGGUCAGAACUGUGCUGUUUACAGGUGCAACUUUUCCUCUACAUAGUAACAGUGUUCUCUUGAAUGAAGCCCAGCAGCGCUCACCAUUUCAAUGUACAUUAUAACCAAUCAGCAUUGUAUAGAAUUAAAAUAUAUUCAUGAAUACAAAA